GUUAAUCUCCUCGGCGAAGCGAUCGAUCGAGAUAUAAAGUUUUUCGACGGAUCGACCUCGAUCCUCCCUCCCUCCCUCCCUCCUGCCCAUGCCGGCGUACGAUGUGCGCUGCAGCUUGCUGGAGGAAGGACGGCUGCCGGCCGUGGCGCCACGCCUCGUGCCAAAACCCAAGAGAACCAACCCUCCGUGGGUCCGCGCAAUCAGGGCGUUCGGCAACACGGCGUGUGUACUAUUUAUUGUCUUCAUCUUGGCGUUCAUGGUUCCACGGAGCAGGGACAAGAACCACCUCCGUCUGUUCUUCAACUGCGCCAUCCCCGUGCUCCUCUCGCUUGGUUUUCCUGUCAUGGCGUAUAUCCUCACGAUGGACGUUGAUGAUCAACCUCAACCUCAGGGCGCAUGCAAUGCGUGAUGCGUGGCUUACUUGUAUUCCGAACCUUCAGGGGCGGAGCCAGGACGAAAAACUAGUGGGAGCAAAGAGGUUCACAAUUUUUUUUAGAAACAUGUAUACGAACUAAUGGGCAGAUCAUCUAAAGGACCAACCACACAAGCAUACAUAUAGUGUCGAAGAAGCAAAAUCAUAUAAUCUAUUAUAAGAUAAUGUCAUCACACACAUAACUAUGACAUGUUCAGUGCCAAAAUAAAAGUAAAUUAACCUCUUAAGACAGAAUAACUUGAGAAAUAUGGGUAUGCCAUCCCUUUUUGUUGCUAUGUCCCUGAUUUCUAGCCUUCAGGCUGCAUGAAAAAAAAAUCAUUUUCAAACAUAGGGAGAUCAUACCAUUCAGGAUUGAAAUACCGCUUACUCUUACCAAUCCACCUGGGUUUAAACUUGGCUGGACAAGGUUGAUAAGCCCCACAUGUCAGGUACUUUCUCCUAAUCUCCUCAUGCUGUUUGAUAUUAUAAUCUGUAAGUCUCUUCCCUUUAGAUGGAUCCCGAGUAAGCUUGUCCAGAUCAACUAUUUCAGGCAUACUACCAGUUGUGGAUUUUGCAAAAUAUCUCUCCAUUAGCUUUCCUGGCAAUGUCAAAUAGUUAAAUGAUACAUAAAUUGAUGUACAUCAAGUCAGUAUAAUACUAUAGUCUAUAUAUUUUAUUCUACUCCCAGCAGAACUCAACCUAGGGUUUCUGGAGUGGUUAAACUUAUUCAUACGAAGUGGUUAUAUGAAGCUAGAUUGAGUCAACCUAAUUACUAACUUGUACCUUUUAAACAUGGAAGCAGAAUAGACUAAUACUUUGAAAAUUAAAAGGGAAAGAUCAGAACUGAACCUAGGGCUGAUGAGUGGCGCACGUCUUUUUCAGUUUUUCUCCUUAGGGACGGCAACCCGGGCCGGCCGGCCGGUCGGCGACUCGGCGUGUACGUGCAGAACUGCAGAUCAAGGCUGAUAGUUGGGUGUCGGCGGCGCCAGCGGCAGCUUCGUUUCGCUUCGGCGGUCGUGCGAGAAGCCAACCGACGGACGAAUGAUACAGUUUUCUUUUGGCGGCUGCUACAAAUCAACCGACUGAUUUUCUCGCGAAAUCAGUCGGGUCCGUAGCCAUCGGAUUCAUUUGUGUAGCCGUAGAUGGGUCAACGCAUCAACCUGCCCCCACCUUUUCCUCUCGAGUCAGCAAACGCACGCAACAGCCUGCCGUCUCCCCCAUGCCCAUUUCUUCGCAGUGGACUUCUCUGUCGCCGCCAACUAGCACAGCCGCUCCAACCCAUGGCCGGCGCUGACGUAGUUUCAUUGCAGCACCGGUGGCCGGCGACGAGGGC